ACGCAGAUGAUUUGUUAAACACUUCCGAAAGACGCUGUUUUUUUCAAGUAAAGCGCACAUUUGCGCAGAAAUCAUCACGUGAAGACAGCAACUCACAGCUGGGAUUUCCCUUCAGAGCUUCACUCUAGGAUUGAGCAAGAAGUGAAGUGCGAGGAGACCGUUGGACUACUGGAUGCCGGUUAUCUGCUUAUUUAGCAGUGCUGUCGAGCAGAAAUGACAUAACUCUUUCCUGGAAAAGAGCGCGGUCAGGAUCACGCCGCUCCGCACCGCAACGCAAUGUUCGUCGAAUCACAAUUACCCUUAACCUUGGCACAAAAAGAGGAAUCGGACGCGGCGCAGAAAGAUGAUUCGUAAGAACGAAGCUCUCUUCCUCUAUUGAAAUGAAACAUCGAUGUGGGACUACACGACGCACUGGACCCUUAUGACUGUUUUCGAGACGAGCACUAAUCUGCUACAUUGCUUCAGAUGAGCCUGAAGCUUCACACGCCUGAUAAUCUGACCGAUGAAUCCGAUGAAUGAAUUAUGCACGGCGGAGCAUGAAUAAUACACCGAGAGGUUUCGGAAACCGGCCGGUGCGCGACCGUGUCCCACAUGACCUAGUUUCAAAGCGACGCUUGCACGCAGGAGAGAUUCAGCCGCAGUGAGAAGCGAAACAGACCUUCUGAACUAAUAAACAGGAACAUUGUUUGCUCACAUGUUUGAAAAUGCAGAAAGUCGUGUGAAGUUCAGGUGACACAGACACGAUAUUGUCGUUACGACCAGACCUGAAAGACUCGAGCAGUGAGCAAAAGCCAUUGAGUUUAUCUCGAAAAUAACUUUAUGAUUUAACGGGACUCUGGAGCCAUUGACCUUUACUCUUGGAUUAUUUCUUUCUGCACAUGGAUUAUAAUGAGCCACUUGAAUAGCCUUUGCCAUCUUAAAUAUGCACAUUGACACUGAAUACGAAUAUUUCAAAGGAAUCUGCUUGAUGCAUCUGAGGAUUUGUUGAAAGAUUAAAUAGUUCCUGGUAAUCUCAAAGCAAUACUUUUUGAUGACUCUUUUGUGAGUUUGCGUGAUAUGAUCCACUUAAUACUCUCAACACUGAUUCUUAACUCAAGUCAUCGCUGUAAAACAAGUGAUAUUCAUCAUUUGAUGUGUGAUCAAUAUUGAGAUUCGUUCAUCAAGGUGGCCCAAAAUAAAAAGUCGAAGCAUGUGGUCUUUGCCUUUGUUACGUCACACAGACGUUCCUCCGCGAGUGACGGAGAACUUCAUACUGUCUGGUUAUCGUUUUCCCAACUACAGCCUCUGGCAGUGCCUAGCAUCUGCUUUUCGUCAGACCAAUGAGACUGGAAACUUCUGGACGCACUUCCUCCCUAUCUUCGUGUUCGUCUUCCACUUUCUGGAGGUGUUCGCGUGGGAAGGAGCCCCCGAACCUGGCGACCCUUUUUUCUACCCCUUCUGGAACUACUUUUUAGGGGUGUUUUACCUGCUGCUAGCCAGUAGCCUGGCUCAUCUCCUCAACUCAAUGUCUCUCAUCAUUCGUGAAAUAUGUUUUUUUGUGGACUAUGGGACUAUCAGUGCGUACACCGUGGGUUCCUCUCUGGCGUAUUACUAUUACAUCUUCCCUCAGGCGGGUAUACCGGAAAUUGAGUUUGGAGUCCAGAAUGCGUCCCAAAAGAAAGGUCUGAACGCCGAUGAGGAGACUUGGACUUAUGCGUCGCUCUCCCUAGGAGCAUUUUUUGAUAGCCUCUACAUCCCAACCUCCUGCCUGGUUGCCAUCAUAUGCGUCAUCACCUGCUGUAACACCAGACAGCGCUGGCGGAAAUACCGCUACGCUGUUCGAACUUUCGUCUUCAUCCUCCCCUUCUUUAUCUCCUCAACCCCUAUAUUCUACCGUCUCCUGUGUCCCGCUCCUCACAUUGUCCCUUCUCCAUCAUCCACCUCCCCGUAUCUGCUCUCCACCAUGGCUGCCUUCUUCUACCGCCACUGCUUUUGGCUGGUGGUAUCUGCCAUCUUUAAUAUCAGUAAGAUCCCGGAACGGUUUUCUCCGGGACAUUUUGAUAUCUGGGGUCACAGCCAUCAAUGGUUCCAUUGCUGCACCUUCCUGUCUAUCCUGGAUGAGCUUCACAUGAUCAAGGUGGAGAUGCGGGCCCUGCUUCUCAACCCAGCCCUGGUACUGUCACCUAAAAUGUCACCCAGGCUGCCUGGACCAACGUUUUACUCCACUUAUGGAGUUAUGGUGCUUCUGCAGGGGUGUAUAGCGGGCAUCAUUGCAUGGUUUGGCUGGUGUGCCCAUCACAUAUACACACCAGAGCAAAAAAAGCUUAAAGGGCAUUAGAGCCACGGCUGGUCGGGUGUAAAGCUCUCCAUGAGGAUAUCCAUUUUGCUCUUUAAAAAAUGUUAUACUAACGUUGACCAUUUAGCACAUACAGAACAAACAUUUACCUCCUUUAGAGUUUUAACAGAAGAAAUGCUCAUUUGGCAUUGGUGAAAAUUUGUUUUCAGUGUGAAGAUGGUCAAAUUAUAUUUUUUGUAGGGUGACCGCUGUUCUGAAUGGCUAGCCUACUUUGCCACAGGGAAUGUAUAAUAUAUUUUAAUAAUUUUAUUUUGAGAGUUUUAAAAUAAUAGAUUAUUGAUAUUUUACCAACACUUUAUUAAUGCAUUAUUUAAUUCAUUACCUUGUGAAACCAUCUCUGUGUCUUUCUAUCUUUUCUCUCUAUCUCACUUUCUCUCUGAUUCACCCAGUCACGUUUCCUCCUCCUCCCUUUGUAAAAACCCUUUAAACAGGAUGUGCAGACAAACAGCAUGCAGACAAGCACAAACAGCUUCAACCAAAGUGUUUGAGGCUGAGGGAAAUGAGAGGGGUGUGGAUUCAUUCUGCCAUAACCCUUUGCAGCACUCUACAGCCCUUGUUUAUACGAACAUUACAUUUUCUCAAUAUACAAUAACUACUAGAACUUAUAGACCAUAAUUAUAAAAUGUGAGGUGACUGUAGAUGUCAGUGCUGUAUUUUAAUCUACUGUAACUAUGCAUGGCCUUUGAUUGUAUACGCUUCUCUAUAACGAUUGGAGGGGAGAACUGAAUGGAAAGAAAUGAAGCCAUAUUAUUGUUUUUUGAACACAUCAGCAAAUUUUCCUUUCAAGGCCAGAUGUGGAGGGAAGCAUUAUACUGUAUGUAGUCAUAGACUACGCAAAAUUGUGAGUGACAAAUGAAAAUCUUCUUAAGUAACUUAGUUAGGUUGUCUAAACACACUUCGUUUUAAAGAGCCAUGUGAUGUCACUGAGCUUUAUUGGUUGGUUGAAUUUUUAUUCAGCCAGUCAGAUGCUUUCAAAAAGUGGUGCUUUAUGAAAGUUUUAGUCCUUUAGUCCUUUCUUCAGGGUUUUUAGUUUUAAAGUAGGAAUGUGGUUUAACAAUAUUUGUGAAUAUCUGUCACAAUGUCUAGUGUUUGUUUCUGCUGCUGUGAACGACAAAAUGGAGUCAUUGAUGAAACAGAUGUUGUGGCUGUCAAAAAAAUGUCUUGUGUCUGUUCUCUGUUCUUUUGUCCAACAGGCCGAAUAGUUGCAAUAAGUGUGACGACAUAUUUAGACGAUAUCUUCAGUUUGUUUUAUGUAUUCCAUCAUAAACGGGGAAUAAUUCAUUAUUCAUUUCUAAUAUGUUUGAGUAGCCUCAUAGUUUUGACUUCCUAUUUGUAUCGAUGAGUUUCGGCAUAUGUUGCACAAGCGUAGUAUGAAAAUCUAGACUGAAUAUAUGAUUUGCACAUAACCUAAUCGGUGAUCUUGACAGGGACCUGGUGUAUAUGAAACCUUGUUUUAAAAUGUUCAGCAGCCUCGUAUAAACUAUUAAGUUUUAAGCUGUUUUGAAAAAGCAUUGCAAGACCAUCUGCCCCAACAUGCAGACUACAUUUCUUAGAAAGGGGCCGAGAAAUGUCAAUGCUGGGGGCAAUGUUUGUCCUUCGAUUGCUGUCCUUACACUUUAACCUCAAACAUGGAUUUUUAUUGAAGUUCAUAUGUAGAAGAGACUAGGACUGUGUCAAAUAUGUCUGCUCCUUUUAAAAUAGGAAUGUUUUAGAAGUAUAUGUUUGAUUCAGCCUUAAUAGAAAUUCUAGUUCUAGACUGGUUUAUCUAGAACAGUUUAGUUCUCAGGGGAGAAGACAGAUUCUGAAUGCACUGGAGACGAUGCUGUAUGCCGACUGCUGUAGUGUGAUACAUUUUUUCCUUAAGUAGAUGAUGCUAAUGUAUCUUACUUAUUAAGAUAUAGACUUAAAUAUAUAAAAUAGAGUAUAUGACCUCUAGAUUCUGUUUCAAACUGUAUAAAAAAUGACAAGAGAUCAAUAAAUUCAAAUGAUAAAUCA